AUGGCUCGUACUAAGCAAACCGCUCGCAAGUCUACUGGUGGUAAGGCCCCCCGUAAGCAACUCGCUACCAAGGCUGCCCGUAAGUCUGCUCCCUCCACUGGUGGUGUCAAGAAGCCCCAUCGUUACAGACCCGGUACCGUUGCUCUUCGUGAAAUUCGUCGUUACCAAAAGUCCACUGAGCUCUUGAUCCGCAAGUUGCCUUUCCAACGUCUUGUUCGUGAAAUUGCUCAAGACUUCAAGACCGAUUUGCGUUUCCAAUCCUCCGCCAUUGGUGCUCUUCAAGAAGCUUCUGAAGCCUACCUUGUCUCUCUCUUUGAAGAUACCAACUUGGCUGCCAUCCACGCUAAGCGUGUUACCAUUCAGCCCAAGGAUAUCCAAUUGGCUCGUCGUCUCCGUGGUGAGCGUUCCUAA